AUGGCUGAAAUAUUUUUAGAAAUAUUUUCACUGACUGAUGUAUGUCAAGCGCCAAUUGAAACAGUGAUUGCAUUGCUGACAAUAAAAUACUGCAACUCACCAUUGGAAAUAACACUUGUGCGGAGUGAAAAAAAAUCGAACGUACGCGAGUACGUGAUUAAAAUAAAUAAUUUAAAAUACAACCUCGUAGACGAUUGUGAUAUCCCGUGUGACGUAAAAUCAUGCGAGCUUCCAAAUUUAAUAUACAAUUCAUCGAGUAUGAUUGCGGGUCUCUGUGCUUGUUUACGACAAAUCGUAAAAUUAUCAUCAAUGGAAAAUAUAAAUAUCAAUUCCGAUUAUCGUAAUCUGCUGGGUUUCAAAGAGUCUUGUCUACUAGCGCCCGCCGAGGCCAGCGUUUGGACGAAAUACUGUGAGGUCGAUUUAAUUUCAACGCUAAAAUAUUUAAGCGACGAUGAUAUUGAUAAUUUAACAGAACUUCCGGUAAAUAUCGCGAGAUUUGAAGUACACAUGUCGCAGCCAGUGCGCAUACACAACAUCCACAAGUACACAAUGUCGAAAAAAUUUGCAAAUCAAGUAAAACACGAUGACAAUUUUAUAUUAGAACAUGUUUAUGCCGAAGGUUCAUUUAUGACACUAGCAGAUAUUAUUAUAUUUAUUUGCAUUGAUAUUUUUGUAAAGUUAAUGUCGAAAGAUUCAGUAUUCAAAUUAUUACCACUGACGGCUAAAUGGUACGAGCGAAUGUCCACCGAUCAAUUGAUAGAGUGUCUAAAUUUAAUCGAGCUGCAAUCGAAUCCGAGUAAUAAAAAUUAUUCAUUGCCUAUUGUGUCGGAUUAUAGCCUUUAUAAAAGUGAUAAAAAACGUUACAAACCCCGGAGUAGAAUUUACACCCGGCAGGAUGACAUUGAGAACUCGUUGGCGCUGGUUAAAAAUAUGGAGAUCGAUAUUAAAAUAAAUAGAAGCGCUGAUAAUAAAGAUGGUGAUGCUGAUGAUGGAGUUUAUGGAGUAAAUAAAGAGGUAAAUAUUGAUUGGGAUAAAAUUCCUUAUGAAGCAACACCUGAAGGCGGGUCUUUACCGCUGACACGUUUGACAAGAAAAUUUCAACAGCUUGAAAAUUUAAGCAAACCCGUGAUUAAAUUUUCACGUCCUGGUGAUGUCAUUGUUGACUUUUGCUCCGGAAGUGGACAUCUAGGUAUUUUGAUUGCGUAUUUAUUGCCAAAGUGUACAGUCAUUUUGCUAGAAAAUAAGGAAGAGUCAUUGAACCGGUCCCGGGAACGGGUCGAUAAAUUAAAGUUGAAGAAUAUUAAAUUUUAUCAGUGUAAUUUAGAUUAUUUUAAGGGAGAUUUUGAUAUCGGGACUUCGCUACAUGCAUGUGGUGUUGCCACUGACUUAGUUAUUCAGCAUUGCCUCCGAAGCAAGGCCAUUUUUGUCAGCUGUCCCUGCUGCUAUGGUUCGAUCCAAGACUGCCAUCAUAUAACGUAUCCGAGGAGUAGCAUAUUUAAGGACAAUAUCAAUGUGAGAGACUAUUUAAUUGUCGGUCAUGCUGCCGACCAGACUCACGAUGAUAAGAAUGCCAAAACACAGCAGGGUUACGAGUGUAUGAAGGUGAUAGACACUGACAGAAAAUUGCAAGCUGAGGAAUUUAAUUACAAUGUUUAUUUAAUGAAAUUAGAACCGGAUACUUGCACACCAAAAAAUCAUUUAUUGAUUGGAAUUCCUAAAUUUAAAUUUAUCAAGUGAAUUGGUUUUUGUAUACAUUAUAUAUUUGUAAAUAAUUUUUAUUUCGUGUAAAUUAAAAUUAUUUUGAUAAUUGAAUUUCGCGGUUCAUUUUUUUGUGAAUUUUAUAGAAUAUUUAUGUAAUAAGUGAAAAAUUUAAAUAAAAAAAUUAAUAGAUAAAUGUGUAGAUUAUUUUUAUUGGUUUAAUAAUUUUUAAAAGUAAAGUUUGUGAUUAAAAAAUUUUUUUGAAAAGUUGAAUUUCAAAUUUCAAAUUUAAUUUAUUUUUUUUUAAUUUUAUUUAUCGAAUCGGUUGGUCCUAGGCGACGGAAAUCAAAUUACAGAACAGAAAAAUAAAGAAAAUAAAUAAAACAAAGUAAAGAAAAUCAUAUUACAAGCUAUAGAAUACAGUAUACAUAAUUUCUACUGACAAUUCAUGUCGUUAAUUUCAUAGAUAUAAUAAAAUCGACGAGUCUUUUUAAGUGUUUUUUAUUGUUGAGGAGAUGACUCAUAUUGUUGGGGAGUUGUGAUGCGUUUCUUUGCUGACUUAGUCCUGGGCAGUUAGUGAAGUGUUUGACCGCAACAUCCAGGACAAUUAGCAGGGUUCAAUUUGUUCAUCAGGUGCCCAUGUGAAAACUGAGUGUCCAAUUCUUAGUCGAGUGCAUGUACAUUAGUCUUUUCAAAUAGUGAACCGCGGAGGGGAUUCCCAUAUGUUACUUCUAAUUUCAUGAAGGGAAACUCUGUAGGAAUUAAAAAAGAUUCCAAUGAAUUAAUGGUAUCUGCGAGUCUCAAUAAUUUGGGAAAUGAAUUAAGACGAAUUUCACUGGAGCUCUGGGCAGCAAGAAAAAAUUCCAGUGAAACUAAUUUUUUUGAUAAAUAUUUCGAAAGAGUCAGUCAUCCGAGAAAAAUGGUUAGAACGUCGCAGCUACCCGAACCUGUAAUGAAAUCACUAUUAGGAUAAAUAUCUAAGGGCUCGACUGGAAGCUCAUGUAUAAAUUGUACUUAAAAUAAAAAAAUACACUUACGUAAUUAUUUAUAGUUCGAUUAUUAUUGUAAGUUAUCUAUUUACAAAAUAAUAUAUAACCAGAUGUUACAUUUUCCAAAUUAUAAAUUCGUGAGCGCACUUAAUUUAACAAGUGAAAUAUUAAUUUUUUUAAGGACAUUUUAAUUUAAAAUAAUUUUCUUAAAAUUCUAAUCAAUUGUCGGCUUAUCUUGCGGUUGAGACACUACUCCUUGUUACUAAAUUUAAUUAUUUAAUGAAUGAGAAUUUUUUAAAUUAAAAAAAAAAUAGACAGAAAUUUAUUAUUUUUUUUAUCAUAAAAAUUGAUUAUUUUAAAUAUGUAAUACACCAGUGUCUGACAAUAAGUAUU